UAUUAAGUAAGCAUAUUUUUACAUUCUCAUUACAAUAUCGUUAAAAUUAAAUGGUUUUAUAUUUUAUUGUUUAACGGACGUAGAGUUAAAUAAUCCAUUGAGAAUACAGCAACCGAUACAAUGUUGAAGUUCCUGUGUAUACUAACCUUUUUUCUGGUAACGGUUAAAGCUAUCCCGUAUGGGUUUUUCAGUACUAAAACUUCAUACGAGUUAGUUUCAGCGCCGAAGAUUGAAGUACCAGAAGGUCUUACGCCACGUCAAAUUUUUAUGUUGGGGAGGCAUGGAACGAGAGGUCCAACGAUUAAUUUUAAUUUAAACGCGAUCCCGAAAAUAUUAAAAUAUCAAAACAAAUUUACCGAACGUGCUACGUUAGAGCCAGAAGAUAUGGAAGCCAUAAAAAAUUGGGAAACAGUCAUUGACACCACUGGCGAUAAAAGUAUAACACAAAAAGGCCAUGAUGAAAUAAAAUAUCUGGCAAUAAGGAUUCGUGAAGCUUUUCCGAAUCUAUUCGAACGGAAGUACAACUCCGAAUAUUAUGAGGUUUUGACAGUGCCGGAUCCACGGUGUGACCUUUCGGGUCAAACACUCUUACAAAACCUUUUUAAUGAUGACACUAUCACCAGUAUUCCUGUUUGUGGUCCUAAGGAUAGUCUUUUAAUGAUUGAAGAACUAAAGCGGGGAAAUGAAAAAAUGAAAACAUAUUAUUUAAAUCAAAUGAAAGAAUUCAGGGAAGGCGAACAUAUGAAUGGUGUCGUGCAAAGAGUUGCGGAUAGGAUGGGCAUAGAUUUCAAAGAUAUUAACUACGAAAUUGUAAACGUCAUGUACGAGGUGGCUACCUUUGAAUUGGCUAUUGACGACAGUAAGGUGUCCCCUUGGUAUAAACUAUUUGGCCCAGAUGAUCUUGAAAUUUUUGAGUACGCCCUUGAAAUUUUCCGAUACUAUUUUCAUGGUUACGGAGAUCCUUUUAACGCAAAACUCGCUUGUCCGAUGGCCAUACGUCUCGAAGAAAGCUUUAAAAAUAAAAUCAAUGGAGAAGGACCGGACGGUCAUUUCUACUUUGGACACAGUACUAACGUAUUGAGUUUCUAUAUCAUGUUAGGCCUAGCUGCCGGCGACGAUGCAUUAACGGCAUCCAACUACCACGGUAUGGCGGACCUUAAGUGGAGAACUUCGUUGUUCAGUCCAUGGGCUGCAAAUGUUAUGGUUGUUCUUUACGAGGACACUGAUGAUGUUGAUUAUAAAGUAGCAUUUUAUUUCAACGAACAUAUUACAAGCAUUCCUUUAGGAAACGAUCGUUCGUGUACAGUAUGUUUGUGGUCAGAUAUUCAAAAAAAGUUACAAGCAUUCAUAAGCGAAAAUAACUGUGUUAAUUUUUUAGCUGAAUACAAAAGUAAAACAGCCUGAUCAUUUCGCUUUGAUUAGUUUUCAUUCAAUAUUAU